GCGUGUCUGGAAGGCAGGAGGGGGACUUGGGCUGCUCUCUGGCUGUCAGUCUGAUCUUGGACGCUGGGAAGGGGGAUCUGUGACUGUUGCUCCCUGUGUUAUUACCCUGACCUCCCACAGGACCCCACAGGCAUCUGCCCCCGGCUGGGACCCACCUUAUCACAGCAGCCUGCCUCACUUCUGCCCCCCAGUGCCCCUGCCAGCUGUACUGAGGGCUGGCUCCUUACACACUGCUCAGUGCAGGCACAGAGAGGACCUUUAAAUCCCACAGACCAGCUGAUCUGUCCCCCCCAUCACUGCUGGGGACCCACAUUGCACACUGCAGGAGUUGGAUGCUCCUUUUAAUUAGAAUUAAUUCAAAAUAAUUGAAUUAUCUCUUAAUAAUUUCCCAUUUAUUGCCUGUGUGGGCUAACUGCUGGCAGAGCAUGGAGAUUCUGGAGAGUGGAGAGUCUGUCAUGCACUGGGACCGUAAGCUGAGUGAGCUCUCGGAGGUGGCGGAGAGCGACUCGCUGUAUAAUACGCCCUUCUCCGAGCUGCUGGAUGACACUGCAUUGCUGGAUGCCCUGGGACAGCUCAUAGGGGACCCAUUCCUGACGGAGAAGUAUGAAAUGAUGGAAGUGGAGAAUCCGGGCUCUCCCUCCCCCAUGAUCAAGGCGGAACACAGCUACUCCCUGUGCGGGGAUUCUCGCCCUCAGUCCCCUUUCACCCAUGGCUCUUCUGACGACAACUUUAGCGAUGGGGAUCUCGCAGGUGAUGACUGGUGCCUGGGAGGACGGCUCACGCCAACCAAAAUCAAGAUGGAAGUCCCUGUUGAGGAGACACCGGGCCUUGCCCCUUCUGUCACCUUGACAGCCAGCACAGUAACCACGCCGCUAGAGGUGGAAGCGCUGCCAGUGCCGGAACAGCAUAAGCCUCUGACCCCAAAGUCCCUCCCCCAAAUCAAGCUGGAGCCCCACGAAGUGGAUCAGUUCCUGAACUUGUGCCCAAAAGAAGCUGCCUCCUCUGAUAGCCUGCAACUGCCCCCUACUCCUCCCAGCAGCCAUGGGAGCGACUCUGAGGGAGGUCAGAGCCCCAGCCGGUCCCUACCACCAUCCAGCCCCAUCCAGUCACAGUCCGGAGGCAAAGUGACCGCUCGCAACCCCUCUGCGCUCUCAAACUCGCCCCUGCUGACUGCUCCGCAUAAACUGCAAGGAACUGGUCCCCUGAUCCUGACCGAUGAAGAAAAAAGGACACUGGUUGCUGAAGGAUACCCCAUCCCCACAAAACUGCCCCUCACGAAAGCGGAAGAGAAGGCGCUGAAGAAGAUCCGCAGGAAGAUCAAAAACAAGAUCUCUGCCCAGGAAAGCCGCAGGAAGAAGAAAGAAUAUAUGGACAGCCUGGAGAAAAGGGUUGAGAACUGUUCCUCCGAAAACAGCGACCUGCGGAAAAAGGUGGAAGUCUUGGAAACCACUAACAGAACACUCCUGCAGCAGUUACAGCGUCUCCAGGCAAUGGUGGCCGGCAAGGUUUCCCGCUCGUACAAAGUCGCAAGUACCCAAACCGGCACCUGUCUCAUGGUGGUGGUACUGUGCUUUGCAGUUUUUUUUGGUAGCUUCACCCAGACCUUUGACCCUUACCCAUCAGCGACGAGGACAGUGCAAGAGCACUCGCUGCCAGAAUCCUAUGCAGCAUCGAUAGUGCGGUCCAGAAAUCUCCUCAUCUUCGAGGAACAUCAUGGGUGGGAAGAGCUCCAUAGCUCCGCGGUGACCGUGGACACCCGCGACAUCUGGGAGAGGGCCACAGAAAUGAUCUCUCAGCAGCAUGCGGCGGCACUGGAGGAGCUCAGCCGCUCCCAGGAGAAAUCACACAUGCCUUCUAAUGACAGCAGCCGGGACGGUGCACUGCGGCACAGGUUCAGCUCGGAUUUUGGACAAAAUGAGACGACGAAAAUAAUAGAACUGGACAGAGUAAACACAACUUCCUAAUGGUAUAUUUUCUCCACAUCCCCUUCCCCCUGAACCCCAUUUCCCAAACUGACACAGCCACCCCUCAAGUUCCCAGACAGAGACCGCCCCUCGGACUAUGCCGCCCUUAUCAGGCGGAGGAGGCUGGGACUCUAGACUUGAUAUUGGCAAAUGAGCGAUGAUAGAAGCGAGGAAGAUUCUGUGGAACGUAUCGGCCGGAUUUCAUGGACGUCUAGCAGAGGAACCAUCUAACUUUUCCUGUUUGAAUUGGGACAGAUAUGGAAACGUUAAUAUUAAGACAUGGGCUUUAACCCCUUGAGAUACGACUGGCAGUGAAAUGGGACCUGAUAAGGGGCUGAGACCCUUCUCCUGCAGACCACUGCCAGAUCACGCAUCCUAAGAUGAGAACAUUUGGGACAGGAAAUGGACCUAUUUAUGGAAUGUUAACUCUUUCAAUUCUAGAUGAGCCAGGAAUGUGUAGCAGACAGGAAGGGAAAAGGUUAAAUAUAAAAGGGAAAUCUUCCCCCAACCAUUAAUCUGCAGUUUAAAGAGGAGAAUUUAUAUACAAAUUGAUUUUGAAGACUUGAUCCAAGUUUAGCCAAUCUGUGGCCUGCUAUAGAUAUUGUGCAACUCCAUGUCACAAGUCCUGCUGGGACUUGUAGUUCUACAACAGCUGGAGAGCCCUAAUCCCCCAUUCUCAGCCCAUUUGCUGUGUCUGUAGUGCCUUAUAUCUUAUAUAAUAGGACAUUAUUGUCCCAUCAUCCAACCCCUCCCCGGCUCCGUGUCUAAUCAGAUUAUUCUUGUAUGGGAUCCUCUCUCACCGUAGUCCAUUAAAUUAUGUUUCUUAAUAAUCCAAGUGGUUCUCUGCCCCAGUCCUCUCCACGUAGCCACUUACCUGUCCCUCCCGCUUUGUAAAUAGUAUUUAUUAGUCGUAUUUGCUACUCUCGUCCGUUAUUGAAGCCGUAAAGGUUGGUGCCUCUUAUUACCGUCACAGUGCCUCGCGUACAAUCUCAUCACCAAGGUGCAGAACAGGUCCGCUACUGAUGGCAACCAUCGCUCUACCAAAGAACACAAGGAGGUAGAUUUAAUAAAGCUUUGAGAAAUAAAAAGUGGGGGAGUUGCCCGUAGCAACCGGUCAGAUUUUAUCCGUCAUUGCAUUCUACAAAAUGAUUCUAAUUGGUUGCUAUGGGCAACAGCAGUUUUCAGCGUUAGAAGCUUUAGUAAAUCCCCUGGUUUCUCUCGCUACUCCCAUGAUCCUUUGCAAGCCAGUGGCUGGCCAAUGGCCAGCAGAGAAUCCUAGAAUUUGUCAUUGAUAAAACUACCAAAGGGAAACCUAUCCAUCUAAACAUAUCGGUUCUAGUAACGACAUGUUAGUACAACAGGCGUAACAGAGAGAUGAGACCAUGAAUAUGUUCGGUCGCUUGUAGCUUUGACUGUCAGUAGUUUGUGUUGCCGACAGGACGGUCCCCAAUCUUACUAUCCUGCCUUGUGCUAUAACGGAGCCCGUGUCUCGCACACUCGGCGCUGAAGGGGUUACAUUUCUGUUCCACAUGUGUUUUCGCUUCUCUUUUAUUUUGGUAUAAUAUUUUAUAUAAAACCUAAAAUGGAAAAAAAAGUAAUAAAAAAAUAGCUGCAUACUG